AUGAAUGAACUUGAAACAUUAAUACUUCCUUUAUUAAGUAAAGAACCACCGAAUUAUGAAUCCCUUUUAAACGUUUUAAAAAAGCUCGAACAAUAUUUUUUUGAAAAAGAAACUAAACCAAUUUGGGAAUUAAAUGAAUGCGGAGAAAAAAAUAAUUUUUUGGAUCAAAAGAAUGUCAUCGAAUGGUUAACAAAACUUGUUUCUUCUUCUUUGAAAUGGAUGGAUGAUGAUUCGGAAAGAGAUGAUGUCUUGGAACGCGCGGCAAAAUGCCUAUCUGCUGCUUGCGGAAAAGUUGCAUCCGGUCCGAUUGUUAGAGAAUGGCAGUUUUUACCACAGCUUGAUAGUGAUCAUCCUGUCAUGUUGAAAAUACGUGAUACAACUUUGCUAGACGAUGAUGUUGGUUUCAAGACGUGGGGUGCCGCUUAUUUAUUAGCAAGACGUUGCACGUCAGGUUUUGCUAUGCCGUUGGAUCAACUUCGGUCGAAUCCUCUUCUCGAGAUCGGGACCGGUACCGGGUUGGUCGGUCUGACUUGUGCGAAAUUGGGUUGCCCAAAAGUUAUUCUAACGGAUUGCCAUCCACGUGUUCUCUCUAACGUCAUUUAUAACGUUCAAUUAAAUAAAUUGGAUUCAACUGUAAAUGUGGAAAAACUUGAUUGGAGAGAAAUUGCUUGUGGUGAAAAAGAAAAUCCUAUUUCAGAUAUAUCUAAAGAAAAAUUUGAAAUUAUUAUCGGUGCAGAUAUUGUGUAUGAAAUUCCGCAUACCGAUUGGAUACCGAAAGUGAUAAAUCAUUUCUUAUCACCAAAGGGAAUCUUUUAUUUAACGAUUCCUCUUCGUUCAACUCAUACUAAAGAAGUUACGUUGUUUGAAAAACGAAUGUGUGAACAUGGGUUUAUUCCUAAAAGGUGUGAAGAGGAACAAGGCUUAGAUGAUUUCAGUGGAAUGCAAGAAUACAGAUAUUAUGAAUGGAUGAAAGCUCCAAUAAAGUUUUAUGCAGACUAA